AUGAUUCUGCGCGAACUUCGCGUGUCUCCAAAGGAGCACUUCCUCCAACAGAUCAAUUCAGAAGCUAGUGAUGAUAGUCCCGACUCUCGGAGGGCGUCUAAGAAUUAUGUGACCAGGGACUGGACAGCAUUCGCCGCAGCUCCGCAAAGCCCGACCAUAUCUAUAACGCAUUUUACAAGACCAAAAGGCGGUCCUCCGAAAGACGUUUUUUUGGGCUAUUCUACGAAAGAUUACAGCUGGCCACCGGACCAGGGAGGUGCCCGUCCGGGCUUUCCGGUUUCGGACCGUUUCUCACCAUCUGUGCAUGACCCAAGCCAGAAGACUCUCAGUGAGAGAUCCAAAACAAAGCUUUUCCCGCCAAUUUACAUGCUCAACACAUGGAACGUUUUCGUGGUUGACAAAUCAGAGCGAGCUUUAUUCGAGGAAUCAGACGACUAUACUUACAAGGAGGAGCAGACGAAAAAGCUUUCUCUUUCGGCAGGCCACUAUGCGGCGCUGGAUCACAUACCUGUCAAGCAGGAGCAUAGUUCCUACACAGAAAGUAUCAUGGGCGUCCUAGCACUGGCAAUACAGAAAACGUACGAGUUCGACGCCGAGGGACCUACUGGCUACUUGUCUCUACUCUCGUACCGCAUCGAUAUUUAUAUCCAUCGAUAUUGUUGGACAGAGCGGCGGAAUAAGAUUAUUGAGGAAUUCUCGAUGCAAGUGCAGGGGGGCACUAUAGAUGUCAGUGACACAGGGGAGAUUGUUGCGGCACUACUCCUUCUCUUCGCCGCAGAGGAGCCGUCACCGUUUCAUCAUCAUUAUCCGUAA